GCAAUCAGCUAUUCCGGAGAAGAGACAAUUUAUUAUAAAGAUGAGCACCCCCGGGAGCUUUGCUCAGAAGAAGAAAAAGGAAGCCUUGCGGAGGCUCUCCCAGGGGUUUGACAGAACACCACGAGGUGUAGGGAGAGGGGGCGGACCAGACAGAGGAGGGCGGGAGAGGGGACCAGGUGCAAGGAAACGGUGGCCAAGUGACAGAGCUCCUGGAGCCGGGGCCAAGAGAAGAGUCAGUGUGGAAGCAGGAAGCAGGGUGAACCUAUUUGCACAGCAGGCUGAAACGAUUUUCAGUGGUGCCGGCCGUGACCAGUUUGCGAACGUCUUUGCUGCAACAUCAGCCAAGAGUGAGGAUGCCACAUCUCAGUCAUCCAGUCAAGCUCUGGGGCCGGCAGCUCUGGAGAGCAGCAGUGCUGCCUUCCCCACAGCGGGAACACAAGGCUUCGGUGUGUUUGGCUCACCAUCACCAUCAUCAGCUAGUAAGAAUCUCAGCUCCAGAUUUGGCGGGCAGGCUGUGUUCGGAGCAGCAUCAACAAGUACCACUGGUGGCUUCAACUUCACCACCACCGACUCCAAAGCCAGCUUCGGUACUGGCGAGACCGCCACGACUGGAGGGUUUGGUGGCAAGCCAGCCUUCGGCACCACUGGUGUAGCCAAACCUUCCUUGUCAUUCAGUACAAACACCGAUAAGGGUGCGGGUUCUCCCGGCUUUGGUGGAGGCAGCCCGUUCAGGGGUGACAUCCCGUCUUUUGCAAGUCAGACAUUCGGACAGACGUCCGGUGGUCCAUCUGGAUUUCCACCAUCAUCAGGCUCAGCGAACUUCCCCUCAGCUGGGGCUUCAAUAUUCGGACGGCAGGACCAGCAGGGCUCUGUGUUUGCCAAACAAGAGGAAACGAAAACAGGAGCUGGUGUUUUUGGAGGAAAGGGACAAGACACGGCAAACCCGAGUAAGGAUAACAAAGGAACAUUCCUCAGCAGUGCAGGGAGGGAGGGAAGCCCCAGUAGAAGACCAGUGAUUGACAGGACUUCGGUGUUGAAGCGAGCUCUGACUGAUGCUGCUGAUGAUGCUGCCAAAAAAGUCAGCAGAAGAGUAAAUGUGCAGUCAAGCCAAUCAGGACAGAUGAAAGUUCCCCAGAAAACUGCAGCAGCAGGGGAGGCAGUAGAUGAUCCUGACUUGGAGCCGUACCAACCCCUGGCCCGGCCCAGACUUUCAUCUUCUGACUCACAGUCAGGUGCUGGAAGGAGGUUCCUGACAAAAGAAGAAGCCAGCACUAGAACCACUCUGCGCUGUUCAGACAUCCCCAGAACGUGCAACGACAAGGACUUCCUCAGACGGCACUUUUCCAAGUUCGGAAAGGUGGUCAGGGUCCAUCCCAACCCUGAGAAAAAGACAGCCGUCGUCGCCUUUGCUGAUCAUCAAGCCGCCUCCGACGCCAAACGGAAGGGCCGUCUGCUGAAGAAGGGAACUCGGCCGAUCACCAUCUUCUGGGGAGCCGGAAAAACCUCUCCCAAGGGGAAAGCUGCAACAGAUGCAGGCGCUGCAGCAUCAAGAGCAGAGCCCAUCGCCAGCACUUCAGGACUCAGCUCUGGCAUAAGGAAGUCUGCACAGGGGGCAGCUCCUAAACCUGAGGCCGUGAGGUCUGGAGCAGCAGCAGGCAGUGAGAGGAGGGAGAGGGAGGGGGAGAAGAAGCCCACCAUGGGGAUAACCAGCCUGGGGAAACUGAGGGGGAUGGCGGGGAAGACCGCCUACGAGAAGUUUCAGAUCCUGGAACAGAGAGAUCGCAUCAUCAGGCAGGGAUCGAAGAAGCAGACAGACCUGGCCACGGCUAAGGUGGUGGUCGGCACGUGUCGGGACAUGUGUCCGGAGAAGGAGCGCUACGAACGAGAGUUCCAGAACAGGCUCUCCGUCUUCGAGACGCUUCCCGAGGAUGACAACCGCAUCGACCAUGCAAAGGCGGUGAAGGAGUACGCGCGCUCGUCUGCGGAUAAGGAGGAGCCGCUGCCCCACGAGCUGCGGCCGCCGGCAGUGCUGACCCUCACCAUGGACUACCUGGUCAACAAUGUGCUGGACACGGGGCGGGACGGGAACUGGGGAGACUGGUACGACUUUGUGUGGAACAGGACCAGGGGCAUCAGGAAGGACAUCACCCAGCAGCUGCUGACAGACCCCACGGCAGUGGACCUGACAGAGAAGUGCGCCCGCUUCCACAUCCACUGUGCCCACCAGCUGUGCCAGGAGCCCAUGACGGUCUUCGACCCCAAGAUCAACAACGAGAACCUGACCAAGUGUCUGCAGAGCCUGAAGCAGUUCUACCACGACCUGACCGUGGACGGGAGAUUCUGCCCCAACGAGGGCGAGUUCCGUGCCUACGAGCUGCUGCUCAACCUCAACCAGGGAGACAUCCUCAGAGAGGUUCAGCAGCUCCGACCCGAGGUCAGGAAUUCCCCACAGAUGAAGUUCGCCCUGCAGGUCUUCUCUGCCCUCAACAACAACAACUUUGUCCGCUUCUUCAAACUGCUGUGGGCAGCCCCGUACCUGCCUGCCUGUAUCAUGCACAGAUACCUCACACAGGUCCGUACACAGUCGAUCAAGGUGAUGAACCGAGCCUACUCCAUCACGGGUCGCACCACCCAGUUCCCGGUGGAGGAUUACAUGCGCAUGAUGGGGUUUGAGGAUGAGGAUGAGACUGCCAUCUUCAGCGAGGCGUUUGGGCUGGCAGUGCUGGAUGGUGCGGUAGGCUUCAACCGUACAACCUUUAUAGAAGGGGAGAGUGUGCCCCGGCCCAGGAGGUGUGCUGUCAUUGUCAGCAAGAGGACAGUUUCUGUCGGAGAGAUAGUGCAGGGUAGUCCUCUCCCUCCCAACAUGGUCCAUGUGCCAAACAACAGUUUUGAUGCAGCAGGUUUUUACAUAGGAGACAACCAGUCUGAUGUUACUAUGGAUACCCAGCUGGUGAAAGAAGCACCAGUGCCUGCUGUAGAAGACCCCCCCAGGACAGAACCCCCACCCCCCUACACUCAGCCCCCUGCGCCCCCUGUCGCCGUGUCCCCUCCCUCACCUGCAAAACCCCCUGCACCACGCUUCUCCAACGAGGCCAUAAAGGAGGUAGCUCGGGACCUUUUCCUGGAGGUUAUCCAGGAGUUCUGCCAGAACAUCUCGUCCCACAUGGUGGGUCUGGCAGACAUCAUCAAGGGCUCAGCUCUGUACCUGGAGGACUUCAUACAGCAGAGCGUCACCGACAUGGCGAAGGGUGUCGUACAGGAGGUGGUGAACGAGGAGAGGGCCAGGAUACUCCGGGAAAGGCUAGCUGCAGAGAGAGCAGAGGAGCUGAGGCAUUGUCAGGAGAGAGCAACAGAAGUAGUAUGUCAGGAGCUGGUGGAGGAACUUUUGCGGGAGGAGACUGUUUCUUUGGCCACUGCUCAAGCCAGGGAGGUUCUUCUCCAACUGAAGAAGGAGUCUGUGGAGAGAUGUACAGUGGACAUCAGCAGUGCUGUACAGGAGGAGGUAGUAGUAGAGUGUGUCCGGGACGUAUGUCAGGAGGUGGUGAGGGCAGCGGAGGACCUGCGAGACCAGCGGCUGGCUGAGCUGGAGCAGUGUGUACAGCUGGCUCAGACUGCAAGGAUCUGGAGAAGGUGGCGCACCAGCUAUGCCAUGAGGAAGCGCCUUCGCCGCUCUAUGCAGGAGUUCCCCAGCACGACCACACAGAGACUUCCCUGGCAGAAAAUCAGGGCUUUCUUCAGAAGGAAGAGACCUGUUGCCAAUCCCAUGAGGUAG